ACAAAACUUGCCAAUGGCACCUCCAGUAUGAUUGUGCCCAAGCAAAGAAAACUGUCUGCGAGCUAUGAGAAGGAGAAGGAACUCUGCGUCAAGUAUUUUGAACAGUGGUCUGAGUCUGACCAGGUGGAGUUUGUGGAGCACCUCAUCUCCCAGAUGUGUCACUACCAGCAUGGACAUAUAAACUCAUACCUCAAACCCAUGUUACAGCGGGACUUCAUCACUGCACUGCCAGCUCGGGGAUUGGAUCACAUCGCUGAGAACAUUCUAUCAUACCUGGAUGCCAAAUCGUUGUGUGCUGCUGAGCUGGUGUGCAAGGAGUGGUACCGGGUGACGUCAGAUGGCAUGCUGUGGAAGAAGCUCAUCGAGAGAAUGGUCAGGACAGACUCGCUGUGGAGGGGGUUGUCAGAGAGGAGAGGAUGGGGACAAUACCUAUUUAAAAAUAAACCUCCUGAUGGGACUGCACCACCCAACUCUUUCUACAGAGCACUUUACCCCAAAAUUAUACAAGACAUAGAGACAAUAGAGUCAAACUGGCGAUGUGGAAGGCACAGUUUACAGAGGAUCCACUGCCGAAGUGAGACAAGCAAAGGGGUUUAUUGUUUACAGUAUGAUGAUCAGAAGAUAGUAAGUGGCCUACGAGACAAUACUAUUAAGAUCUGGGAUAAGAAUACGUUGGAAUGCAAGCGAAUUCUCACCGGACACACGGGUUCUGUCCUGUGCCUCCAGUAUGAUGAGCGGGUGAUCAUUACUGGAUCUUCAGACUCAACAGUCAGGGUGUGGGAUGUGAACGCGGGCGAGAUGCUGAACACGCUGAUCCACCACUGCGAGGCGGUUCUGCACCUCCGCUUCAAUAACGGCAUGAUGGUGACCUGUUCCAAGGACCGCUCCAUCGCCGUGUGGGACAUGGCCUCCCCGACAGAUAUCACCCUGAGGAGGGUCCUGGUAGGGCACCGAGCUGCUGUCAACGUAGUGGACUUUGACGACAAGUACAUUGUGUCAGCAUCAGGUGACAGAACUAUAAAGGUAUGGAACACUAGUACCUGCGAAUUUGUGCGCACCUUAAAUGGCCACAAACGAGGCAUUGCAUGUCUGCAGUACAGAGACAGGCUAGUAGUGAGCGGCUCUUCAGAUAAUACCAUCAGGCUGUGGGAUAUCGAGUGCGGGGCGUGUUUGCGAGUCCUGGAGGGCCAUGAAGAGCUGGUGAGAUGCAUACGCUUUGAUAACAAGAGGAUAGUCAGUGGGGCGUAUGAUGGGAAAAUUAAGGUAUGGGAUCUUGUGGCUGCUUUGGAUCCCCGUGCUCCAGCAGGGACCCUCUGCUUGCGAACCCUUGUGGAGCAUUCUGGAAGAGUCUUUCGGCUUCAGUUUGACGAGUUCCAGAUUGUCAGCAGCUCACAUGAUGACACCAUUCUCAUCUGGGAUUUUCUGAAUGACCCAGCUGCACAAGCAGAAUCCACUCGUUCCCCGUCCAGAACAUACACCUACAUCUCAAGAUAAAUAACACUACAGUGUACCUCACACUCGCACAGGACUCAUUUAAGCUGCAGUAUUUAAAUUAUCUGCCAAUGCCAGGACAAAAGAACUAUCCACGUAACCAAUACUUGCUGAAGAGAGACACUCUCAGACUUGUUUCUGGAACAAAGUUGGCAUGCGGUUGAUCUCAGACAGGGUCUACUCAGCGUGGCUGACUGCUAAAGUGCUGCUAUAUCAGAAGAUGACUUUUAUCUUUCAUGAACGGUUAACAUUUUUAAACCUUCCCA